AUGGAAGUUCAGUUGUCAUCUAGUGAAGUGAGUACUUCAGAAAGUGAACAUGACGAUGAACAAAUAGAGAUGCCAUUGAUUGUGACAAGAGAAGAAAAUGGAUAUGAGCUAAAAAUUAGAAUGAUGUUUUCAUCUGAAGAUGAAGCUUAUAAGUUCUAUAAUGAAUAUGCUAAAUUGACUAUCUCACAGUAUCGAAGAUUAGCAGAUAGGACCAUAAGCCAAAUAAUAUUUGUUUGUGGAAGAGAAGGAUAUAGAAGGUUGAAGGAUCCUUCACACGUGAAGAAAGUAAAGAGGAGAGAAACAAGAAUGGGUUGUCCAGCUAUGAUAUGUUUUAAAAUUUAG